UUUGUUCUGACUCAAAUGGGUGAUGAAAAGGACUCUUGGAAAGUGAAAACUUUAGAUGAAAUUCUUCGAAAAAAACGAAGGAAGGAGCAAGAAGAGAAGGCAGAGAUAAAACGCAUUAAAAAUUCUGAUGAUCGGGAUUCAAAGCGGGAUUCCCUUGAAGAGGGGGAGCUGAGAGAUCACCGUAUGGAGAUAACAAUCAGGAAUUCACCUUACAGGAGAGAAGAUUCUAUGGAAGAUAGAGGAGAGGAGGAUGAUUCCUUGGCUAUCAAACCACCACAGCAAAUGUCACGGAAGGAAAAAGCACAUCACAGGAAAGAUGAGAAGAGGAAAGAAAAACGUAGACAUCGUAGUCAUUCAGCAGAAGGAGGGAAGCAUGCCAGGGUAAAAGAGAAGGAACGUGAGCAUGAACGUAGGAAAAGACAUCGAGAAGAGCAGGAUAAGGCUCGACGUGAAUGGGAAAGGCAGAAGAGGAGGGAAAUGGCUAGGGAGCAUUCCAGGAGGGAGAGGGAUCGUCUAGAGCAGCUUGAGCGAAAACGAGAACGGGAGAGAAAAAUGCGAGAGCAACAAAAAGAGCAAAGGGAACUAAAAGAACGGGAAAGGCGAGCUGAAGAAAGGCGCAAGGAACGGGAGGCCAGACGAGAAGUUUCUGCACAUCAUAGAACAGUGAGGGAAGAUUAUGGAGACAAAGUAAAAAUAAGAACCUGGAGUCGCAGCCCAUUACGACAGCAAAGAGAGAAGCUUGAGCAAGGAGAUGGCAGGAAGCCAGUAAAAGAGGAGAAAACAGAAGAAAGAGACCUGCUUUCAGAUUUGCAAGACAUCAGUGACAGUGAGAGAAAAACUAGCUCAGCAGAGUCUUCGUCAGGAGAAUCUGGAUCUGGUUCAGAGGAAGAGGAGGAGGAAUCUAGCAGUGGAGAAUCAGAAGAGGAGGAGGAGGAGGAAGAGGAAGAAGAGGAGGAGGAGGAGGAAGAGGAGGAGGAGGAGGAGACAGGAAGCAAUUCUGAGGAAGUGUCUGAACAGUCAGCUGAAGAGGUGAGUGAAGAAGAAAUGAGUGAAGAAGAAGAGCGAGAGAAUGGAAAUCACAUUCCAAUUGUUACAGAGUCAAGGUUUGAUCGAGAUUCAGCAGGAAGUGAAGGAGAAGAGGAGGAAGUGGGGGAGGGGACCCCACAUUCCAAUGCAAUGACAGAAGGAGAUUAUGUUCCUGAUUCUCCAGCUUCAUCACCCAUUGAGUUGAAACAAGAGCUACCCAAGUACCUUCCUGCACUGCAGGGAUGUCGUAGCGUGGAGGAAUUUCAGUGUUUGAACAGGAUUGAAGAAGGAACAUAUGGUGUAGUGUACAGGGCAAAAGACAAAAAAACUGAUGAAAUUGUGGCUCUGAAGCGACUGAAAAUGGAAAAGGAAAAAGAAGGCUUUCCCAUUACCUCUCUAAGAGAAAUAAACACCAUUCUGAAAGCACAGCACCCAAAUAUAGUCACUGUUAGAGAAAUUGUUGUGGGCAGUAAUAUGGAUAAAAUCUAUAUCGUAAUGAAUUAUGUAGAACAUGACCUCAAGAGUCUGAUGGAAACCAUGAAACAGCCAUUUUUACCAGGUGAAGUGAAAACUUUGAUGAUUCAGUUAUUACGUGGAGUCAAGCACCUUCAUGACAACUGGAUACUUCAUCGGGACUUGAAGACCUCCAACCUGCUACUGAGUCAUAAAGGCAUUUUAAAAGUUGGAGAUUUUGGACUGGCCCGAGAGUAUGGGUCACCUCUGAAGCCUUAUACACCUGUAGUUGUGACACUAUGGUACAGGGCACCAGAGCUGUUACUUGGCGCCAAGGAAUACUCCACUGCAAUAGACAUGUGGUCAGUAGGUUGUAUAUUUGGAGAACUGUUAACUCAGAAACCGCUGUUUCCAGGAAAAUCAGAAAUUGACCAGAUUAACAAAGUUUUUAAGGACCUGGGUACCCCCAGUGAGAAAAUCUGGCCUGGCUACAAUGAGUUGCCUGCUGUAAAGAAGAUGACAUUCACAGAGUAUCCCUAUAACAACUUGCGCAAGAGGUUUGGGGCACUCCUUUCUGAUCCAGGUUUUGAUCUCAUGAACAAGUUCUUGACAUACUAUCCAGGCAGACGAAUCACUGCUGAAGAUGGUUUGAAGCAUGAGUAUUUCCGAGAGACUCCCCUUCCUAUUGACCCAUCCAUGUUUCCAACCUGGCCAGCAAAAAGUGAACAACAAAGAGUUAAGCGCGGCACAAGCCCACGACCUCCAGAGGGAGGACUUGGGUAUAGUCAAUUGGGUGAUGAUGAUCUGAAAGAUACAGGUUUUCACCUGACUACCACAAAUCAAGGAGCAUCAGCAGCAGGACCUGGCUUCAGCCUCAAGUUUUAAACUUAAUAUGAGGAGGGAAAAAAGACAGAGCUUUGACUUCAACCAUGCUGUUGAUGAAUGGAUUUCAAAGCGCUCCAGUUUUGUUCUUCGCAUCAGGAAGACUGUGUUUUACACAGAAAUAGCCAGAUGUCAUCUUGCUGGGUGUGGAAUAUAACUGCUGCAUUUCAUUCAGGGGACUGGAAUGAAUUAAUCCGAAAAGCCAAGGAUCAUUACAAAAAUUCAAAAAGGAAAACUUGAAGUACAAUCUUGGAACUGUUUUUUUUUUUACUUUUUAAUUUUUUUGCUUGUAAAUUUGUAGAAUUAAAAUCCAUUUUUAAUUGUUUAACAGUGUGAAGGAUUUCAUUUUCUUCACCUGCACCAGACUUGGAUGGUGGUGGCACUAAAUCUUCUAGAGAGGAAACGUAGAGAGAUUUUUCUCUCUCCUUCAUCCCCGUUUGUGCUUAUACAAAGUGAAGCAUAUUGUCAGCACAGGCCCUACAUAUACAUUUCGGGUCUAACUGGCCAGGUGUUUUCCCUCUUAAAGCUGGGCCUUUAAGAUGGAUCUUUUCUUGUCUCUGUCUGGGUAGAUGGAAGUUCACUUUAACCCCACAGCACUCGAAAGGUGACAUUUCUGCCUUCAGGAACGAUCUUGGUUUUCGUCCUGAGUGGAGGAGGAGUUGGCGCUACAGUUGGAAAAGGGAAUUCUGUCCACCAGAAGAAGGGGAGAAAAAAAAUACUUAAGUCAGUUUAUCCCAUUGCAAAGCAUUGCUGAAGAUAACUAUUUCUGAGGAACCACACUGCCUUUUAUAUUUCCUUUUCUGUAUAGUAGUUCUUCAAAGCUUCCUCCUAAAUAAGCAAGUAUUGGAAAGACAUUACUUUAUCAAUUUCUAUAUGCAAAUAACAUCCUCUCAGUGCAUUUACAUGGCACAAGAUGACAUUGGCGGGCUUCUUUCUAUCAGCACAGCCUUGCCAACACUUGUGAUUUUAGUGCAAGUCUCAUGAUAUUUGCUGAUUUUGGGGGGAGAGGGGGGAAGGGCAGGGGAGAAGAGGAAGAUUUAAAAUCCUAGGUCCAUACAAGAAUCUUUGCAGGGAAACAGUUUACAUAAAAUAUACUCAGUCAUGGAAAUGCUGUUCUAAGACACGGUUGUUAUUAGUCUGAAUGGAAUUACACAACCCAAGUGCCCUCUUUCCUUUAGUCGAGGCUCACAAAUAUGUUCCUACUGCAUUGUAGCAGGCACGAUUGACACCUAAUAUGCAAUUCCAGCACUAACUCCAAUGAUCCUGUGCUAUCCCCUUGGCUUGCAUUCUUCAAAGCCAGGGUGUAGUAACUGUGCAAUUAAUGACAUGCUUUUUCCUCUCCGAUAAGAUGGGGGAAUAGACUGAAAUUUGUUUAACAAAGCAACUACCAGGUUUCAGAUUUCCAAAGGGAUGGGUUAGAUAUAGAGGGACAAGUGCAGAGCUGAUGCAGACAGUGCAAGUUAGACCAACCAGCUUUAGCUCACAACUUUCCCACCUCCUGCCACUUUGUCAUGUACGUUAUGCCACCCAAUACCUCGCCUCUGAAUUUUGCCCUCAGGAGGAUCUGAUAGGGGAGGGAAGCAGCACAAGGCACAUGAAACAAUUCUUAUGUAUUCACAGACUCUCAAGGCAUUGGAAUGUUAGAUCAGAGAGGAGGAACACUGACCAGGACGGCAGACUUCCAUACUCUAGAAAACAUGCUCUGGUGUCUUAAUGUCCACAUCCUGUGGCUGAAAUGCAAUAGGCAAAGCAGGAGUGUUAGGGGCAUCACUCAUUGCUGAAUUCUUUGGUCUGGAAGAAUCUUGUCAUUUGUCACUAACAUUCAGAUAGCUCACACAAUUUAACAUUGUCCUAUCAACUCUUAUGACCCUUAACCCUGGAAGAGGAGCUGAUACCGUAGCAGAAAUCACAGCUGGACGGACAGUGCUUUUUCAUCAACUUCCUACGAGUCUCACAGAAACCCUUCCGAGCCCAUGAUGGACAUACGAAUAGUCUGUCUGUGCAGCCUGAAAUGAAAGGAGACGAAGUAUUAAAGAGACAAGUGCCAGUUCUGAAUGUGAUGUGCAAUAAAAUGACAUGGGAUCA